AUGGAGACGAACAACCACAUCGAAAGCUGGUAUAAUCAAUUGAAAACGGCAUAUUUAAAAAGAAAGCAAGACAGAAGAGUAGACAGAUUGAUAUUCAUAUCAGUGAGUGAUACUGAAGAGGAUUAUCUCCAAAAUAUUCAAAGGUUGGUGUUAAACGUUGGUAGGAUGGGUUCUGAGGAAAGAAAAAGAAGGACAAGGCAAAUAAAAGUUGAUCAAAUCAAUAUGGAGCGUAUUCCUGAUAUUAUUACACUUGGAGGUCAUCUAACCCAGUUGUUCAGCAAUAUAAAACUUCAGCACGGAAUCACUGUAAUGGAAAAUGAAAUGACAAACUACACUUGUAACGAUUCCAGGUACAAUAACAUUGCAUUUCCUUUUAAGGAAAAUAUUGUAUCGUUUGAGCAAGUAGGCUCGGUUAUUCAGGUUGAUAUUAUUAACAUUGCUGCUGAAAACAGAAUUGUUCCUACAGAACAUUCUUCUACGUCUCAAGAUUAUCUAACAACCAAGAUGGUCAAUAUUCUUGCUGCUUAUCGCUCUUAUAGAGAAAAUUCGUACCGUUUAAUUCUAAAUUUUAAAUUACCUUAAGUAGCGAAAUAGGAUACAAAGUGUGACUUUUAU